ACAAAAAUUCGAACAAAUCAAUAAAACGGAAACGUGAGAGAGCGCUGCGCAAAAGAGAAAAGAAAAGCGAACGCAAUCGCCAUCGACCAACGCAUAGAAGAAAACAAGUCAUGCCGCACAACAACCAGCCAUCGCCCGGGGACGAUCAAUUGGGACCGCCGAAGGCUGACUUCAGUGCCCCGCCGCCGUACGAGGCGAACGUGGGCCAUGGCCAGCAGGUGGCACUGCCGGCCCAGAUGCCAACGCUGGCCCUAGCCACACCCGAUCCCGGUCAGAUGCAGAUGCAGAUCCCGAUCCAGAUGCAGGUGCAACUGCCGGGCCAGGCGGAUUUGAUGACUGCACAACUGCCGCUGGAGAUACACGGGAAGCUGCCCACUUACGAGGAGGUGCAGAUGGAAAAGUCGCUGAACGGAGAACUGCCGCCCGCCUUUUUGACCCUUCCCUCCUCGCAGCAGCUUCCGCCGCCACCAAAUCCGUUGCUGCCGCCAAAUCCACUGCGCGACGGUGCCGCUGCCGUGCGAUCCGCUCAGCCGGCACUCACGUUCAUCGCCAUCGAUGCCAGCGAUCCGGAAAACAGUCUGUCGACCACGGACAACUUGCUCGGCACAGACAUAAUGUUCAUUACGGCCUUCAUUGUGGCGUUUCUAUUCAACUGGAUCGGCUUCCUGAUGCUGACCUGUUUCUGUCACACAAUCGCCGCCCGAUAUGGAGCACUGUCCGGAUUCGGUCUGUCGCUGGCCAAAUGGACGCUGAUCGUGAAGCACUCGACGGACCUGGCCUCGCACGAGAACUCCUGGCUUUGGUGGCUUAUCUGCGCCUUCGGCUUCCUAAUCAGCAUACGCGCUUUGAUCCAGUACGUGAGCAUCAAGCGAUCGUGGCGCCUGCUCUCCGCCUCCGCCCAGGAAAGGCUGCUAUUUUUCUACUAGGUGCGUCGGGUGGCUUUGAGUGGCUGCCAUGUAAAUACGUUGUGGGUGGCUAGGAAGCUCGAAUCUUACCCGAUCCCAACACCCCCAAUUCCCCAGAACCGGCAUACAAAAUCCAAACAAAAUCAAUGCGAACUUAUUUCAGAGAGUUCUCGAAAUCUCUAGAGACAAUAUAAAGAAGCUUGAAAGUAUGCCACUAAAUGUAUUAGUCCAGUUUUAUUUCGAUUUAAAUUGGAGUAAUGAGAAUGUACAAACUUACACUUUUUUGAACCAUUUUUGUUUUAAAUAGUUAUGCUUUCAAUUCAGAGACAUUAAUUGGAUUACUGGCAAGCCCAAAACUGUAUUAGGUUUCUAGAAAAGUUUAUGUUUUUCGGAGAAACAAAUAAUGUAUUGUAUAAUUUUAGACACCCAAUCCUGGUUGUAAACGGUGCAGCGGCCGGAUUGUCCAUAUCUAUAUCAAAACCAUUUAGAUGUAUAGCAUGGCAAUUGUAAAGAAAAGCCGCUGCAACGUUAACAACCAGCUUUAGGCUUUUUUUUAAAACCUCUAGCGAUUUCGUAAGCACCCUGAAUUGUAGGUCAGUGUUUUCUCUAGUUACUGUGUUAAAAAGCGCAACUUAGUCCACGAAACCGGCAACUGUAGCAUAAUGACGUUAACUAUGUGUGUUGAAAGGUGAGAGGCGGAUGCUUCUUCGCCUGCACCUCCAAUCGAUUAUAAUUGUAAAUGUAUGUGAAAUGUGUAUGGAUAUAUAUAUCACCCCUUAAUGGAUCCCCUCCACACCUCUACCAAAUCCCUUUAGGCCAUUUAGUGGCGCCCAUGCACUUGAAACAAAGACACAAAGCAAACCAAAAAAAAAAGGAAAAGAAAAGUUGAAUAUGAAAGGUCAAAGAGGAAAUAUGCCACCCAUAUUAUUUUGUUGAGCCUACUUUACGCUGUGGUACUUAAUUAAUUAACUACACAAAAGCCAGCAGUAAUACGAAUGCAAACACACACAAAACAACUAUUGCUAGUACAUAUGAUUAUUGCCUAUUAUAACGUUUACAAUUAAUAUGUUUAAUCCCUUUGUAUGUAAAUCAAACGAUGCAUAUGCAUUGCAGAGGGCGCGGAGUCAAAAGAUCUGCGCCAGUUUUAUGCAAAUUCAAUAAAAUCGAAUGAUGUCAUUCAAACAA